AACUACAAAAAUAUUAGAGUUUAUUAAAGGCAAUGAUUUUGGUUCACUAGAACCUGCACAUACCUCUUUGCCCUAUAAGAUACGUUGUAUAUUCUAUUUGUUGGCUGAUUAUUACUUCAAAAAUCGUGACUUUUCCAAAGCAAUCAAGUAUUAUACCUUGGAUUUAACAAUAAGCCCCACACGCUUCGAUUCGUGGGCGGGUAUUGCAUUAUCCAAAGCAAGCAAAAUUGAAACGAGACUAAAUGGAUUGACGCCCAUGAAUCCUAGUAAUAUUUUAGCCGAAUCAGAAGAUACCAUAAGAUGUUUUGAAAUGUGCAUAUGUUUAAAUCGCCAGCAAACCUUGCUAUGGAUAGAAUAUGGCUCUUUUACGUACACACUUCAUUCCUAUUGUUCACGCCAACUAAAGCGCUCAGCAGAAAAUUUAACAGCCGAACAAACAUCACUACUGCAAGCGCGCAAAGGACGUGUUUUGAAUAUUACUCAUAAUUGCUUUUCCUUGGCUGCUGCUUUACAAAAUGCUGAACAAAACAGUAGCGAAGAGAACGAAGACUCUCAUGAAGAGAAAUGGUUGUGCCAGUAUAUGCUAGGGAAAAUUGCCGAAAAGCAAAAAGAUCAUCCCAAAACUUAUUUGAAUUUUUAUUUGAAGGCCGCCAAUAAUCUGUACGAAAGCAAUGCCACCUAUCCAAUUAAAAUUAAUCACAGUAACCCUACAACAUUGUCGGUUGAGGCAUUGGAAAUUUUUUAUCGCACGAAUGCUUCCAUCAUAAAGUACCUGGAACAUCAAAAAGAAAUCUCACGCGAUAUUGGCAACCAUUUCAGCAACGUUUUAAAAAGCUUGGCAAGCAGCCCAUUCGCAUUUAAUAAGGCAAAAAUUGACGGUAAUAGUUUAAAUGCAUUGAAGCGCAAAGUAGUAGUGGAUAAAAACGAGCAGUCCAAAAUGCAAAAGACUUCUAAGAAGUCCAAUUAUGGGCCCAAUUGUAGUGCCGCUGCACAAACAGAAGUGGUAAAAGAAGAGGAAAAGGACGAACAAAAACCCAAAGAAGCAACUGAAAUAAAUAAAGUUCCUGCACAAGCACAAGAAUUGAGUGUUGACAAGGCAAAUAGUAGUAAGAGCAACCCCUCUCGUCGUGAAUCUGAGGUGAGUAACACUGCGUAA